AUGGUGCAGUUUGAAGCCACAGAAAAGCAAUUUAAGCUUCGUCGCGAAGAUUGCUGCUUGUUAAUUGACCGUGCGACUGGACGUGUCCAAAUUACGCCAGAGGAGUUGGAUUCGGAAGACCGCAAGAGUGAAAACAGCGUUACAAUUUUUGGCUCCAUAAAGCUAAAGAAGGAUGAGUAUCUAAUUCUUGCCACAGAACGAUCUAGCGCCGCUCAAAUUUUGGGCCAUAAAAUUUAUCGCGUAGAGAAGUUUGAAGUGAUCCCUUACAUGGGACGACUUGCAACUGAUCAAGAUGAAUUGGAUUUAUACAAUUUGCUGCAGAACCAUUUGAAAACAGGCCCUUUUUACUUUAGCUAUACUUGGGAUCUAACAAACUCGUUACAACGAUCUUGUGCGGAAGAAACCAAAUAUCCAGAUGUUUCUAGAAGUGAUAACCGAUUUUUUUGGAACGAAUUUGCCAGCAAAAACUUCAUUCAAGCCGUUCAGGCACACCCCGAAGCAACCUCAUUCAUUACGCCUAUGAUUUAUGGCUUCAUCACUUCCUCCAGUAGUAUGGUGAAAGGUCGUUCAGUCACCUUGGCACUUAUUUCUCGCAGAUCAAAAUUCCGUGCAGGAACACGUUAUUUUACUAGAGGUAUUGACGAAAAUGGAAAUCCAGCCAAUUUCAAUGAAGUUGAACAAAUCACUAUCGUUUCGGAUGAUCGCUCUGAAAUAACAUAUUCUCAUGUUCAGACUCGAGGAAGUGUUCCGGCUUACUGGGCAGAAGUGAACAAUCUUCGCUAUCGUCCGAGAAUGAUCACCAAUUCGGCAUCUCUUGCUACAAAGGCCGCACAAAAGCACUUUGACGAACAGAUUGCUAUUUACGGUGACCAAAUCUUAGUAAAUCUGGUGAAUUGUAAAGGACAUGAGCUUCCUGUCAAACAGGUUUAUGAAAAUGUCGUGCGACGUUUGGAUAACCCUCGUAUCCAUUACCACUAUUUUGACUUUCAUAAGGAAUGCAGCCGCAUGCGCUGGGACCGUGUUUCGUUACUCAUGGACGAAAUUCUUCCAGAGUUGGACGAGCAAGGAUAUACUACUCUGGACACGCAAAAGUAUCGCGUGCUUUCUAGACAAACCAGCGUUGUCCGCAGCAAUUGUAUGGAUUGUCUUGACCGAACUAAUGUGGUUCAAAGCUGCAUCGGCCGACAUGUUUUGACAAAUCAGCUUCGAAAGUGCGGUUUACUGGGUGCAACCCAUCCUCUUCGCUCUAUCCUUCCUUUGGAGAAGAGCUUCUGUCGUAUUUGGGCUGACAAUGCUGACCAUAUCAGUACAGCGUACUCCGGAACCGGCGCCCUGAAGACUGAUUUUACUCGCACCGGAGUUCGCACUCGCCGAGGUGCAUUUGAUGACUUUAUCAACUCCGCUAAACGAUACUUUUUCAACAACUUUUACGACGGUGCUCGCCAGGAUGCGUAUGAUUUGGUAUUAGGCCGCUUUAUUCCUUCUUCCAACUUUCAUUACCGUCUUGAUUUACGCCCUCUUACGAUUCGUUGUAUGCCUUACGUGUUACUAGUAUGUGUGUUUCUGUUUUUCUUUUCCUUGUUUUCCAGAUCUUCUACGGCUGUUCUUUCCCCUCACGUUCUUUUGUUGCUUUCUUUCCUUGGUGUUUUGGCCUCUGCUUUCUACUGUAUUUCUCAUGGAAUGCAAUACGUUAAUUGGCCCCGUCUUUUGCUGCCGACCUUUUUGCAUUCAGAAUUUAAUACUGAAGGCCGAGUUUUUUCCCCCAACAAUCAAUUGGCAACUCAAUACAAAGCCUAA